AUGCCGUCGACACCUUCUCUGGCUGAGGUCUUCAGUGACGCGGAGCUGGCACGCAGGGCGGCUGUGGAUGCAGCCUUUUUCAAGUUCCCCGUAGCGCCUCACGUGCGCGUGGCGCUGGAAGAGUACCCUCCUCACGUGUACAUCACCGAGGCGUCCAACGGGACCUGGACGGCGCACGGCGCUAUGAUGAACCUGCUCAACCUUCUUGCUCAGUCGCUCAACUUUACGUAUGCAUUGUCCCGCCCUUCUGAUGGCCAGUGGGGCCGCGUCCUGGACAAUGGGUCGUGGACAGGCAUGAUGGGCAUGGUGCACCGAAAUGAAGUGGAUCUUGCGUUGGGGCCUUUUGCUGCGACCUGGGAUCGUGCUCAGGCCGUGUCGCUCACCACCCCAAUCGUCAUGGACCCUCUCAGUGUGGUGGUCGGACGACAGUCUCCGAAGACCAACACUUGGGGGUUUGUGCUCGUCUUCAGCCCUGCGACAUGGCUGGGCAUCUUGGUUGCUGUGUUUGCCUUCACGGUGACUGUGUUGGCUGUGAGCUCGAGCAGCGGAAACAAGCGACCCGGUCGCAAGAUCCUUGGUUUAAUGGGCCUUAAUGUCGCAUUUGAGUUUCUGCGAACCUUACUACAGCAAGAUAGCCGCAUCGACGUAAAGUACCGCCCGGUGAAGGUAUUGCUUGGCUGUUGGAUGAUAUUCGUUCUUGGCGUCAGUCGAAUGUACUCCAGUGUACUUGUGUCAGUCCUGACAGUGAGGAACACUCCAGUUCUUUUUAAGAACCUCCAAGAUAUCACUCAAAACCCUUCCAUUAACAUCAUCUUGGAAGAAGGUGCUGCUGCUGCUAGCAUUUUCCGAAACACGAAGACGGGUGCCAUAGGGGCAGUAGGGGAGUUCUUCAAGCAGGGAAGAGUUAUGGAAAUGCCCCUGACAAAAUUCCUUGACGCCAUGAACACGCGCGUUCACGGCAAGAAGGACUCUUUGCUGAUCGCUGAACAGCUCUUGUGCUCAGCGAUGAUGUCGCAAAGCUUCAAGGAGGAAGGUCUGUCUAGGAUUACUCGGUUAAAAUUGUAA